GGCGGCCGGUAGCUGUUGCGGCUGCAGGACUCAUCGUUGCCGCUGCCACCGCCGGCCCUGCCGCCUCAUGGCGGCCAUCGGGGUUCACCUGGGCUGCACUUCAGCCUGUGUGGCCGUCUACAAGGAUGGCCGGGCUGAUGUGGUUGCAAAUGAUGCAGGUGACAGAGUUACUCCAGCUGUUGUUGCUUACUCAGAAAAUGAAGAGAUUGUUGGACUGGCAGCAAAACAAAGUAGAAUAAGAAAUAUUUCAAAUACAGUAAUGAAAGUAAAGCAGAUCCUUGGCAGAAGGGUGCUCUCAAGGGACCCCCAGCUACAGCAACUCCCACAGCCUUUUCAGAGGUGCAGUUGCUCCCUGUCAGAGCAGCCCCAUGAGCAGACUGGGUGUGUCCAGGGAGCCCAGUCCCUGCGCCAGCACCAGCCGCAACACUCCUGGUGCAGCCUCCACACCACGGCCUCCGGUCUCCUCUCCCAGAGUUGGUUUUGUUUCUGGUGGGGAUAGGCCUUUGACCAGUGAGCCCCCUCCAAGGUGGGCAAGGCGAAGAAGGCGCUCAGUGGCCAGGACUAUUGCAGCCGAGUUGGCAGAAAACAGGAGAUUGGCACGAGAACUUUCAAAGCGUGAGGAAGAAAAACUGGACAGGCUGAUUGCUAUUGGUGAGGAGGCCAGUGCUCAGCAAGACACUGCCAAUGAGCUCCGCAGGGACGCUGUCAUCGCGGUCAGACGUUUGGCGACAGCAGUGGAAGAAGCAACUGGUGCUUUUCAGCUAGGCCUUGAAAAAUUGCUUCAGAGGUUGAUUUCGAACACCAAAAGCUAGGAACUGAUUACAAGAGUUUAUUUCCUAAACUGGUAGAAGUCUAGUUCCAACACUUGCUUUGUAGGACCCUGGCUCCUUUUCUGUGUCCUCAGAGAAAAAGAGUGGAUGAACCAUUAAUCUGCAGAGGAGUAGUAGUAUACUUGCUGAUACCUUUCCCCGAGAUUCUCCACUAAUUGUAAGACCUUUCAGAAAUGUGAGGGGUGGCCUAGUAGAAAAUGGAUGGAGCCAAGUCCGAGAGAGCUAGUUCGACCUGGCUUUGUCUCUGAUGUAAGGCAAUUUAGUUUACCUCUCUACAACAGUUUUCCUUAUCUGUAAAAUGGGGACGAUAAUAACUCCUGCCCUGCCUACCUCACAGGGUUGUUGUGAGGGUCAAAUGGCUAAUAGAUGUGAAAGAGUUUAAAAGUUUAAAAGCACUAUAGACAUUUAAGUUAUUAAUGCAUAUGACCUUGGCUGCGGUAAGACCAGGGUGCGGCACGUCAGUUUACAAGAUACAGAAGUGUGGCUGUAUACCAUGACCUCAUUGCUUGAGUCUUUUUUCACUAGUUUAACUUGACCGCUUCAUGGAGUUUGGGAUCUUAAGUUUUUAAACCCCUCUGUGGCUCAUUAGGCUAGUAUCCGUGUUUGUACCUGUAUCUCUUACAUUUUCACUGCUGUGUCUUUGACAUUCCUGCUAAGGAAGCAGUCAGACCAUCUUUCCUUCCUUCAUUUUACUAGUUCUUAGUCUCCUGUCAAUAUAAGGAUGUAAUUAAGAACCAGCAGGGAGUCACAAUAGUAUGUUAUGGUUCCUGUUGAUAAUCUUUGAUAUAAUUAAAUAUUGGCUGUUUUAUAAAAUGUUAAAUGUAAGUAAAUUC